AGAGAGAGAGAUGACUUUGUGGGGCAUCUUGGAGGUUUCCAGCUCGAACCCUUGCCUGGAGGGAGGAGCCCAGAAGGAGGAGCUCUGCGGGGGCUUUUCACAAGAGGGAAGUUCUGCUUCACCCUUAGCUGUGUGUCAAUGCGAGCCAGACGCCCACGGGACUCACAGCUCGGAGGAGCCGCGACACACCGGACGUACAAACUUCUGUCUGCGCGAGUGGGUGUGUGUGUGAGUGUGUGUGUGUGUGUGUGUGUGUGAGUGUGUGUAUGGAACGAAAGUGCGCGGCGCUGCCGGAGAUCCUCCCGCGUGUCAUCGUCGGUUUCUCCGAGGACGAUCAAUGAAUGAAUGAGGAGUAAGAGGGUGACAGCAGAUAGUACUAUGAGGGCGACAUGUGACAGGUCACGCACGAGGUGACGGUCCUUCCUCGAGCUCGGCACAAGGAGGAGGAGGAGGAGGAGGAGGAAGCGGCACGACGAUCGCGGCACCAUCAUCAUGAUCAGCAGCAGCAGCAGCAGCGCCGCGUCCCUGGGCCCCAGGGACCCCACGAUCCCCGUGAUCAUGUUCAUCUUCGGCGUGGUGGGCAACGCCAUCGCCAUCGCGGUGCUCUGCAAGUCCAGGAAGGAGCAGAAGGAGACCACGUUCUACACGCUCGUGUGCGGACUCGCGGUCACGGACCUGCUGGGCACGCUGCUGGCCAGCCCGGUGACCAUCGCCACCUACGUGAAGGGCUCGUGGCCGGGCGGCGACGCGCUCUGCCACUACUCGGCCUUCAUCCUGCUCUUCUUCUCGCUGGCCGGCCUCAGCAUCAUUUGCGCCAUGUCCAUCGAACGCUACCUGGCCAUCAACCACGCGUACUUCUACAACCACUACGUCGACCAGAGGCUCGCGGGCGUCUCGCUCCUCUCCAUCUACUUCUCCAACAUCCUCUUCUGCGCGCUGCCCAGCAUGGGUCUGGGCCGGGUCACGCGCCAGUUCCCGCAGACGUGGUGCUUCAUCGACUGGCGGAGCAACGUGAGCGCGCACGCAGCCUUCUCCUACAUGUACGCGGGCUUCAGCUCCUUCCUCAUCCUGGCCACGGUGGUGUGCAACGUGCUCGUGUGCGGCGCGCUCAUCCUCAUGCACCGGCGCUUCGUGCGCAGGACCUCGCUGGGCACCGACCCCAGCCGCGUGGUCGAGCUCCGCAGGAGGAGGCGCAGCUUCCGCCGCACGGCCGGCGGGGAGAUACAGAUGGUCAUCGUGCUGAUCGCCACCUCGGUCGUGGUGCUCAUCUGCUCCAUCCCGCUCGUGGUGCGGGUGUUUGUCAACCAGCUUUACUGGUCCAGCAUCAAGGACGCACGUUCAAACAACCCUGACCUGUUGGCCAUUCGCUUUGCCUCUGUCAACGCGAUCCUGGACCCCUGGAUCUACAUUCUGCUCCGCAAGACUGUGGUGCUAAAGCUCUUGGAGAAGCUCAAGUGCCUCUUCUGCAGAAUCGGAGGUCAGCGCCAGCAUCGGCCCAGGGACUUCCAGUUCAUGGAUGGGCUACGGUCCUCCUCCAUAAUUUCCCGUGACUCCCCCACCCUCAUGUCACGAGAGCUGAGGGAGGUCACCAGCACCUCACAGACAUUCCUUUACUUGCUGGAAAAUGGUGAGGGCUUUGCUGGAAAUUGCCGCAUCGUGCAGAUGGGAUCAGGACCCUCCUUGGAAAGCACGUCCCUCAGGGACUACACAAGUUCUGACUCAGCAAAUGAGGUCAGCAGCAGGAAUCUGGCUGUGCAGUGUGUUCACACAAACCUCUCUGAACCAAACAGGUCCAGCUCCUGCCCAAAAGAUCAGACUCUGCAUGUGACCUUGACAGACAGCAGUUUGAACAUGCAGGAGAAAUGCAUAUAGAUCCCUGGUGUGUGUUACAUGUGGGAAUCAAAACUAAACAGAGUUGGCAGCUGGUGCAGACGAUGACACAUGACUUCCGGGCUAUUGGGCAAGAGCACAGUGAACAGGCUUUGACUAAGGCUUAUGGAAGAUUUAAACUGCAAUCCCAAUAAAGUCAGUAUCAGUAUCACUCUCAGUAUCAGUCAAACUCCUUUACUCAACAUGUCUGUAACACACAAUUUUGUGCAUGUUUUAAGCUGGAUUCCGUAGAAGUUGUAAAGCACUGAUUGAACCAAAUGGCGUAUUCACAACAGGAGUCCUUGCUAUGUUGUUUUGGUCAUGUGCUGAUGAGUCUACAUAGUAUAUAAAACAAUGAAUGUGAAAUGAGAAAGUAUGUCAGACAAUUACAUGACAGUUUUUCUUAACCACUGAAAAGUGGGGUGGGGUUGAUGUGAAAAGAUGGUAUUGAGAUGCUUCUGUUCACUAGACUGUGUAACCAGUCACUGAACUACACUGUAAAUUGUCUCAAAUGUGAAUUUAUUCUGAUGGCUGCAUUUAUUUUAUCGUAUAAAAUACGCAUUUCUUCUCCAAGAGAAGGUUUAGAAAUGAAUGUUUAUAUUAGUUCCAUCCAUUUCAAAUGCUUUUAUUUUUUUUAACAGCAAGUAAAAUUAUGGGAGGAAGUCUAUUUGGAUAAAAAAAAAAAAAGAAAAAAAAAAUCAACAUUUGAAUCAGAUUGCACUUUUUUACUGUGUUAAAACAUUACCAGGGAAUAUGAAAUGAUUUUUGCAUUUUUACACUAUAGUGACCCUUUCAGUGUUUUGCUGUAAUUCAAGUAUUAUUAAGAAUCAAAGAUGAUCAUAAGACUUUGUAUUACUGCUCCAUGGAUGACAAUUCAUUUACAGAUUAAAAGUUAUAGAAGUAUGCAUAUUCAUCAUUAAUUCAUGUAUUCAAGAUUUUUUAUGAAUCAUAUUUUGUGUCAGAAUAAACUAAUGUUUGUGCUUAGCAAUUUUGUCUCUUUUCCUUAUGAACUGUUGCUAAAUGUACGUGCUAGUAAAUGUUGACAAAAGCAACAUUAUGCAGGAUAAAUAGCAUAAUUUACUAUAGACGCCUGUGAACCAAGAACAAUACCAAAAGGGGAAUAGACUGACAAUUUUACACUUUCUCACAGCUGACUUGUAACAUGAAAUUGCUACUGGUUGACUUGUGCAGCAUUAUCGGUUAAUGUGAAAAUUGAUUUACUUGGCCACCAUAAAUAAAGCAAGAGCAGAAACACGGAGUUAAAACCAGACUGAAAUCAGUUCCUUUGCACAUCAUGUUAGCAGCUUAUUUAUGCAAUUUAAAAAAAAAAGAGACAAUAGAGCAGAAAUAUAAAAUGAAAAUAAGUUCUUGAGCUACUUCAACUGAUAUUAA